GGCUGCACUGACAGUGAACCAUUUUGUGCCUAUUGGGCUCGACACGGUUAUUGUGCCCGUUGGGAAGUUAUGCGAAGGAUUUGCGCACGUUCGUGUGGUUUUUGCUAA